AAAAAUAUUAAAUAGUUAAAUUGACAAAUUUUAAUUAUUUUAUUUCUUUAUAUUUUUUCUCUUUUUCUAUUAAAAUAAAGAAUAUUGAUUCUUUCUAUAAAUGAACAAAAUAUCGGUUUUGAUAAUUCGUUAUUAUCAGAGUAGCCAGUUUCUUUUUAUGUAAUCAAUGUCACUUUGACCAUACGAGAGUAAAAAAGUUGUUUGUCUAAAAAUUUUUUGAUUAACCACAAGGCUUAUCUAGUCAAAUAUGAUGAUGUCGAGUAUUUCGUGUAUAGCAUGUAUUUAUGUAUAUGUAUGAUAUAUAUGCAUGUAUAUGUGUGGUAUAUAUAUAUAUCUCGUAUGUUAAGAUCGACGUAAAUAUCAAUGUGCUUAGCAUACAGGACGAUGGUGUCUAUCUUUCUCACGUUUGCUAUUUUGUAUCAAUUCCCCUUUGGGGAAUGUUUUCGUCUAAAGUUUCCGUAUACGACGGACGUAACUCAGCCUCUUGAAAAUGCACUAAAUAAAACAACAGCCAUUACAAAAACUGUGCCUUUGCUUAAUGAGACUACCCUGACGAAUUUUACAUACACGUUGUAUACCCGUGUAGGCAACUGGAGCGAGUUGUCUGACAACUCGUCACAAGAUGCAACAGCAAGUAUUAGUGAGCACCAACAAGUGGACUGCCUCGGAUUAGGAAAGACAGUCGCGGCGACUUUGGAAUGGUUUUUUAGAAGUAAACCUAACGGGAGUGACGCCUUGGAUGUGCAAUUUUUUUUGUCUUCUAGAAAACAACCGCGCCGUGUGCAAGUGGUACUUGGUGAACAAUUUGGUUUAGAAUGGACAGAUUUUAAGAUAGAACGCAGGACGGUGAUCAUAAUACACGGUUUCCUGUCGCAUGGCCAGGAGACGUGGAUUAGAGAUAUGGAAAAGGCAUUCCUCGAAUGGGAUGACAUUAACGUUGUGAUAAUAGAUUGGAGCGCUGGUGGUAAUACGUGGAAUUAUUACAAGGCAGCGGUCAACACUAGAAUAGUAGGAUAUCGAGUAUCGAAAUUUUUAGAACACAUAACAAAUGCUACAAUCAACAAUGCACAUGUUGAACCGGAUGUAGCUAAUUGGGGCCCCUUACAUCUGGUAGGACAUAGUCUCGGCGCUCAUAUUUGCGGAUUCGUCGCAAGAGAGUUGAAAAAGAGACAAAACAGAUGGACGGUGCGGAGAAUCACCGGUUUAGAUCCGGCACAGCCAUGUUUCCGCAAUGCUGAAAGGUCUAUUCAUCUACAUAAAAAUGAUGCACCGUUUGUUGACGUGAUACAUACCAACGGCCGAUUACUUAUGAGUUUGGGUCUUGGCUUACCUGAAGCUAUAGGUUACAUUGAUUUCUAUCCAAACGGCGGUAAAACGCAACCUGGUUGUACAAGAAUGGAAUCGUCGUACUUUAAUUAUUUGCCGAUUCCAAUGGCUGAGAUACAACGAGCAAUAUGUAGCCAUGGACGUUCUUAUAUCUAUCUCACAGAAUCUUUGAUAUCUGCUGCUGCGCGCAAUUGCAGUUUCUGGGCACACCCAUGGAAUUUGACUUAUAGACAUCUUUUGCAAAUAACCGCGGAACCAUGCGAUAGAAAUAUCUGUACAGAAAUGGGCAUUAAAGCAGAAGUAUACGAUCAGCGUGGAAGUUUUUUUGUGGCUACAGCCAGUACCAGUCCAUUUUGUGUUAAUAGUACUGACGUCAUAGAGGAGGUAAAAAAGCAAUUGCAACAGGAACACUUUGACGAAAUAGAGGAUUGACAAAUUGCAAUGGACAACUUAUUUCUAAAUAAAAGUGCUGUGAGCACUGUGGUAGUAUAUUUAAAUAUUUUCUUAUGUUGAAUAUUUACAGUUGAUUGUGUAUGAACAUACAUAUACGGGCGCGCGCGCGCGCGCGCGUGUGUAUAUGUGUGUGUGUGUGUGUGUGUGUGUCAUGCAUAUAUAUAUGCACAAUUUUUUACAUUUGUUUAUAUAUCCGUUUUAUCCUUUCGCAUAAACUGUUUCUUGAAACAGUUGUUUCAAGAAUAAAACUAAGUGCAAAUAAGUAAUUAUUAUGACAGAAAAUAAAAGAAAGUACACCAAUUUUAAAAA